AUGGGUUUGUUCUCGAGACGAACCGACGGCGCAGCCACCAAUGGGCCCAGCACCACUCGUGAUUCAAAGAUGAAUGGACAGAAUCGGGCUACAACCAAGGGCGAGCCUUUUGACAUUAGUUCUGGUCACUUCAAUCGCCGCCCAACCUUUGGACAAUGGAUCAAGUUCACCUGGCUCGAUAUCCUGACCAUGGCCGCCAUGGGCGCAGUUGGACUUGGUAUCUACGAAGCGAAACCAGCGCCGAGUCGUUCGUUCCCUGUCACCUUCCUCGACGGAGAGAUCGUCUACCCUCAGUUUUCCUACCCCCUGCGCCAUGAGAUCGUUCCCAUCUGGCUCGCAGCCCUUCUGGCCGCCUUGAUCCCGAUUUUCAUCAUCUUGUGCAUGCAAAUCCGGGUUAGAUCCUUCUGGGACGCCAACAACGCAAUCCUCGGUCUUCUCUAUUCCCUCAUCGCCGCGGCCGUCUUCCAAGUUUUUGUCAAAUGGCUCAUUGGUGGACUACGCCCUCACUUUCUCAGUGUCUGCGAUCCAGACCCAGCACUGAUUACUACUGGUGGGACCGGCUUUCGAAAUGUCAUGUUUCAACGAAAUGUUUGUCGUGGCAAUGCUAGUCAGAUCGAUGACUCGUUGGAGUCGAUGCCUUCGGGCCACAGCACCGCUGCCUGGGCUGGCUUCUUCUACCUCUACCUGUACCUGAACGCGAAAUUGAAGGUUUUCAGCAACUACCACCCAGCAUUCUGGAAGUUGAUUGCACUCUACGCCCCUCUUCUGGGAGCAACUCUGAUCACCGGUGCGCUUACCAUUGACGAAUACCACAACUGGUAUGACUGCUUGGCCGGCGCUGUCAUUGGCACCGUCUUUGCCCUUUCUGCUUAUCGCAUGCUCUACGCCUCUGUCUGGGACUUCCGCUUCAACCACAUCCCGCUAACCCGGCACACUCCCUUCUCCUACGGCGCUGGUGCAGCUGGUGCAGGCGGCUUUGAGUCCGCGGUCUUCACACGACGUGCUGGUUGGGGUUAUGAGGAAGCAUAUGGAGGUGCUCCCUUUGACGCUGCUCAUGGUUUGAGAGGACAGGUGGCAGGAUUCAAUACUGGUGCUGGUCCUCACGGUGCCGACACCCGCAAUGGCGAUGUCGAACAUAACGCUGGUUUCGCUCCUACAAAUGGUGUUACCGGUGGGUAUACCAACGGCACAACUACCGGUCAUGGCGCGCCUCUCAAUGAACCAGGUCCAGCAGCAUUUUCGGACGGGAGAUACCAUGCUCGCCGAAGCAUUGAACGAAAGGCUGUCCCCAUCUAA